AUGUUGGGAGUACGAGAUGCAGCCGCUUCAUCGCCCAUGGGCGGACGCUCAAGGUAUUCAAAAGCGUUGCCAUCCGUCCCUGUUGUCGAUAGUACUCGCGCCGAGCUUCCACCACUGCCAAAAGUUUUACCUGAACUUCACUUCCCUCUCCCUCCACAGACUCCUUCUCGGGAAAAUGAUGACAACAAAAGCAUCAAGAGUAUAGCCAGAAAACCAGUUGGCUCGUCGACGUCGAAACCGAUCACACCACUCCCCGAUACCCCCAGCGUCAACUCACCACCUCUGCCAACAUCUUCCUCCGCUGGCUCAAUGACGAUACCAAGAAAAGCUGUUGGCGGUGCACUGCAACCGCCAGUACAACCUACCAUUGUCGUUCCUCCAGAGCCUUCACCCACAGACUCAAUAUGCAGUCUGCUCUCGGCAUAUUCUCGAGAGCCUGAUGCUCCGUUACCCGGUAGCACUUACACAGCAGCGAGCACGGCCAACAACCUGUUUCGUGACUCCAACAAAGGACCCUCGCUAGGUAGAGACGACUCAUCGGCUGGCGGCCGCAGUAAUUCACAGACGCCAUUAUCCACAGUGAAGAGCGACGAAAUUUCGGCACAAAACGGCCAAAGUCGUCCUGCGCCACCCCCCAAGGACAACGGGUUUCAUCCAACUUCAUCACCGCCCAAACCACUGCCAGUUGCACCAGUGACGGAAAAACCAUCGCCUCCUCGACCCGAAAUUUGGAAGCGCCGGCCGCAGACUGCCGAAAAGAACAAAGAGCUUCCCGACCUGAAGCUAAAUUAUAGCCACGGUUCAACAGCGUCAACUUCCUCCAUCAAGUCAAUUCAAACAGCUGUACUCAAGGCGUUUUCCGGCACAGGUGCCGAAUCGAAGCUCCCCACAGAGGAGCCCAAGCAAAAGUCGACCCAACGGCCUCCUGCUGUGGGCUUACCCGGCCGUAACGUGCGACCGCCUCCUAAAGACACUAAUCAAGAAACGGAAAAACAAAUGGGAAGCACGAGCUCAAAACUGCAGAGCGUCAAGAACAAAUUCGAGAGCACAAGAACAUCAGUGGACCGCAAGGACUUGCCCGUUCGCCGCGAUAGCAAGCGACCGCCUACCCCGGAAUAUCGAAAGGGAGAUGUCAGUCCGCCAUCAGCUCAAACUGAGACUAUAGUCAAGCCGGCCUCGCCCGUGUCAGCAACUGGAUCACCAAAGGAAAGAGCCUUAACUGAUGCAUCCAAGUCUACCUCGCCUCAAACAAUCGUGCCAUCCAACUUCGAAGCUGCCGUGCCAACUCCUCCUCCUGGUUCUCUAAACAGGCUACCCCAAGCUGCACCUGAUCUUCGUCUUGCCACAAGCCUGCAAGAACUGAGACGGCACGAACCUUCUCCACCAAGAUCAAGUUCUCCAUCGGCACAUAGGGCACAGUUCCCACCCCGGGGCGACAGCAGUCGUGGGAUUAGCGGUUCAUCCGACUCAGUAUCAAGCCGCAUCUCCUCUGGUCAGGGUGGCAUAGGGCCAAGUUAUGGAGAACCCAGGCGCCCUGCAACGGCCACCGGCUCCUCUGAUCCAAGGAUCGUUAUGUCCGAUGCACAAGGACCAAUGUACCGUGGCCGUGACGGAACUCUGUACCCGGAGAUGAAGAUUGCAGGCGACCCAGAUCCUAGAGCAGCAUACUUCCCUGUCCAGACCGAUAAGCCCCUUGGCCCUGGCGCAAUAAUUCCCGCGAAGCCUCUUACCCAGACGCAUUACAAUUGUUUCCAGAAGCAUCGGACGAUGAAUCGCAGGUCGAACCGGAAUUACCCACUCACCUGCCAAACGUGUGACAAAGCGGAUGUAGAAGACCGUUGGGUAUGCACCUUCUGCCACCUUCGCAUCUGCGAGACAUGUUUACGGGGCCUGAAUGGACAUCAAAAGGUGCUCCGAAGCCUGGUGGACCAACUUCGAACAAACACACCUCUUAGCUUAUCAUCCACGUCACGGCCUGGUUCUGCGUUGGGCAUCGAGCUACACUUCUAG